AUGAUGGUUUCUUUUUACUUGGAGGCUACAAGAUCAACCACUUGGAUUCCAUCAAGGGUAUGCUGCGGCAUUUUUUGGGAGCGCUACAAGGGGAUAGACGACGUGUGCCCUCAUGAUCCAGAACUGACCAUUCCAUUUUUCCUUCAUGGUGAUGAGGGUCGAGGCCAAUGCCAUCGUCCUGUACUAGUUCUAGCUGCCCAGCCUAUCAUCGGUUGGAAGGGAGAGGAGUGUGUCACAUCUACCCAGCAUACCUUCACAACGCGACUGCUUCUGACAGUCAUCCCUGCGCAGCAUUACGCAGCCAACGGU